CUACCCAGUAUCGAACUCCGCAUCGCAAGCCACGGUUACAAGCGUACUCGGGAGUUUGUUGUUCCCUUGUCCCGUGUGUUACAUGUGUUUAUAUUGGUUUUUUGUGUAAAAUCUAUCAAAUUUUCACGAUGAGUGCCGAGGAAGAAGUGCUGCGGAUUCAGAAGAAAUUGAAUAAGAUGUCGAGCGGUGACGGGACGGGUCAGGAACAAGCAUUGGAGUUACUCAAAAUAUUACAGAAGUUACCCGUUGAUUUAGAACUUUUGACUAAAACACGUAUCGGUAUGACUGUAAAUGCAUUAAGGAAAUCAAGCAGAGAUGAAGAAGUUAUAUCGUUAUCCAAAACUCUCAUAAAAAAUUGGAAGAAAUUUUUGUCUGGAUCCAAUAAAGAAAAGGAUUCUACUUCCUCGAGCAGUUCAAAGAAGAGAGAUGACAAAUCAGAGAAAAAUAAGGAUGAUGGAGAUCAGAAAAAAGAUAAAGAUAAUAUGGAUGGAACUGAUGUUAAGAUGAAAGAUGAUAAAUCUCACAAAGAUUUUCAAAGGAAACAAUCGACGUUCCCUGCUCCUACUACAACAGAUGCUGUUAGACUCAAAUGUAGAGAAUUAUUAGUAUCAGCUUUAAGGGUUGAUGGAGGUGCUAUGGAAGGUUGCGCUAGUCCGGAGGAAUUGGCUGAAGAAUUGGAGGAAGCCAUUUAUGCAGAAUUUAAAAAUACAGAUAACAGAUAUAAAAACAGGGUGCGUAGCAGGGUUGCUAAUUUACGCGAUGCUAAAAAUCCUACUCUUCGAACUAACUUCAUUGCUGGUGCAAUAACUCCUGCUCGACUUGCCGUUAUGACUGCAGAAGAAAUGGCGAGCGAUGAGAUAAAACAGUUAAGAGAACAAUUUAAAAAGGAAGCAAUCAACGAUGCGCAACUUGCUACAGUACAAGGAACGAAAACUGAUUUAUUAAAAUGCGGAAAAUGCAAAAAACGCAACUGCACUUACAACCAAGUACAAACGCGUUCAGCUGAUGAACCUAUGACUACUUUCGUGCUUUGCAACGAAUGUGGAAAUCGAUGGAAAUUUUGCUAAAUACCAUAGCUCUCCACAGUUUUGUCUCAUCACCAUGAAGGGGAAAAUGUAUUUCAUUCAAGACCUGCCUAUUAAUCGACACGUAUUAGAUAUAACAAAGAAGCAAGAAAAAUAUACUACAUAACAUUUGCGAGUCACAGACUGUACAUUGAUCGCUUAAUGACUUUUUUUUUUUAAUCACUUAAAGAACUCUGUUUCCAUGCAAUUGUAUAUACUGAAAUUGUAAUUGACUAGACCUCAGCUUUUUAGAGUGUACAUCAAACCUAAUGGAAAAUUCGAUAAGUUAAAUGGGUCGAGAAGAAAUACUUUUCAAUUGUAUUAAUGACAGCACUAGUGUUAUUUGAAACUUCACGUGCAAAUGAUACUAAACUGAAAACAACGUUUCACUUUGCAUUGAACAAGUUUGCAUAAUAUCUUACGUAUGACAAAGUUCUGAAUUGUGGGUACAGUUCUGAAAUACAUGUAUCUGAUUA